CGAGGGCGCGCGGCGGCCGCUACGGCCUGUGGCGCCGUCACCCGUCAGACUCCCGCGGCUCGAGGGAGGCGCAGCUGCUGCUGCCGCUGGCCAGGCGCGCGGGGACGGUUCGAGGCUGCGCCGGGGGUCGGCCUGCCCUCCUGGCGGGUCCCACUACCAUGUCGCUGAGGCAGCGCCUGGCCCAGCUGGCUGGCCGUCUGCAGGAGCCGCAGAAAGUGGCGCGUUUCCAGCGGCUGUGCGGGGUGGAAGCGCUGCCGAGCCGCUCUGCCGACCCGAGGGAGGAUGAGGAGGCGGAGGCGCCCUUAGCCGGAGACCCCCGGCGGCGAGGGCGGCAGGCAGGGCCGUCCGGGGUCCCGCAGCCGCCCGGGAGCGACCGCAAUCAGUGCGCGGCCAAGCCGGACGGCGGCGGCGCCCCCAACGGCGUGCGGAACGGGCUGGCCGCCGAGCUGGGCCCGGCCGCGCCGCGGCGCGCGGGCGCCCUGCGCCGCAACUCGCUGACGGGCGAGGAGGGCGAGCUGGCCUGCGUGAACAACUGGCCGCUCUACUACCUGUUCUGCUUCGGCACGGAGCUGGGCAACGAACUCUUUUACAUCACGUUCUUCCCCUUCUGGAUCUGGAACCUGGACCCCCUGGUGGGCCGGAGGCUCGUGGUCAUCUGGGUGCUGGUCAUGUACCUGGGCCAGUGCACCAAGGACAUUAUCCGCUGGCCGCGGCCCGCGUCGCCGCCGGUGGUCAAGUUGGAGGUCUUCUACAACUCCGAGUACAGCAUGCCCUCCACCCAUGCCAUGUCUGGCACCGCCAUCCCCAUUUCUAUGGUCCUCCUCACCUAUGGCCGCUGGCAGUAUCCUCUUUUAUAUGGACUGAUUCUUAUUGCCUGCUGGUGUUCUCUAGUUUGCCUAAGUAGAAUUUACAUGGGAAUGCACUCCAUUCUGGAUAUUAUUGCUGGAUUCCUAUAUACCAUUUUAAUCUUAGCUGUCUUCUAUCCAUUUGUGGACCUGAUUGACAACUUCAACCAAACUCACAAAUAUGCUCCAUUAAUCAUCAUUGGGCUUCAUUUAGCUUUGGGGAUCUUUUCUUUCACUCUUGACACCUGGAGCACAUCCCGAGGAGACACUGCUGAGAUUCUAGGAAGUGGUGCUGGAAUUGCAUGUGGAGCUCAUGUUACUUAUAACGUAGGUCUAAUAUUGGAUCCUUCUUUAGAUAUGUUACCUUUAGGUAGGCUCCCCAUCACUGUGACUCUGUUUGGAAAAGCCAUAUUGCGGAUCCUCAUAGGGAUGGUACUUGUACUAACAGUCAGAAAUAUAAUGAAAAAGAUCACCAUUCCUUUAGCCUGUAAAAUCUUCAGUAUACCAUGUGACGAUAUUCGAAAAGCAAGACAGCACAUGGAGGUUGAACUUCCUUAUCGGUAUAUUACCUAUGGAAUGGUUGGUUUCUCCAUCACAUUUUUGGUUCCUCACAUAUUUUUCUUUAUUGGUAUCUCUUGAUGGAUAAAUAUUGUUUAUGAUAAGAAAGGAGGAUAUCAGUUACUGAUAUCUAAAAAUAUAUUCUAGGUAAAAGCCAGAUCAGAGUUAGGCUUUUGCAGAAAUUUAACUUAAAUAAUUAUUUAAGUAAAUUUGUAAGAGUCAGUGCAUUAUAUCAUUGCACACCCAGAUAUUGUUUUAAGUGAGCUGAGCUAUUUCAAUACUGAGAAAAUAAUAAGUAUCCAUUUAGAAUGUUCAUGUAAUAUUUGGAAAGUUUUGUGCUGUUAUGGGUUCAGGUUAUAUAUAAUAUAUAUUAAGGUACACAAUAUGCAAUUAUAUAUCUAAUAUAUGUUAUAUAUAAAGUAAUAUACCUAAGUUUUUUUAAACCGUGGGGGUAUAUUAUAAAAUCAAUAAUAAUAUGCAAACAGUUGUGCCUGUGUAUUUGAACUAAAUACAGGUAUGUCAUUAUUAACAAAUAUAUUUAAUGUUUAUUUACCAUGGGAGCCAUUUCCUAAUUGAAUUGCAUAAUUAUUAGACCAGAAUGCAAAUGAUACCACACAUUAAUUUACUGCCUCUUUUUACACUGCCAUCACCUUUCAUGUUACCCAUGGUGUUGAACAUGGGAGGCAUUUUUAAUGGACCAAAUUUUCAGAAAAAUUAGUUUUUGGAUUCCUUGUUUCUUUUUUAAAGUUCUGUACACUGUUUUGAAUGUACUUUAUUUGCAUCUAUUUUAGACAUCAGUUUAAUAAUUCAGGUACUGAAUUUUAUGGCUUGCUAAUUGUGCCUUUCUGUUGCUAAAUUAAGAAAUGCCAUGUUUACUAUGAUAUAAAAAUAAGAUGCUUCCUAUGUGGGAACUUGAGAAAAAAAAAUAAGACGCUAACUUUAUUUUAGGUUAUAUAAUCAGGCAAAUAUUUAAAAAGUAUAUGUCAAGCUAACAGGCAUAGAAUUAAACCACUCUUAACUCUUUAGCUUUUAUUUAGAAAGAAAUGUGGAAUGGGCUAAACUUUCUCACUAAUUUGUUGGAAAGCUAAAUGGAUAAAUAUUUCCCCUUUUUGUAGGUAUUUUUCUGUGCAUUGUAAGUUAUAAGAACAAGAUAUAUCUUUUUGUACAUUGUCUUGAUUGUUUAUACUGCAAGUAGAUAUUUCCAGUGAAUGAGAACAUAGUGGAAAUUUAUAGAUGGGACAAUGCACAUGCUUUAUAUGUAAAGAAAGCGUUUUCUAAAUUAUUUGGAAAGGAUUGGAUUUAGCACUGUUAACUUUUAAUAUCCAUUUAUUAGCUACUUAAGGUAAAUUAUAAAAUCUAAAAUUGGUAUCAGUAUUUUAAAUCCUUUUCUUUUCAACUUUUUAUUAUUUUCAAAUUUGGGUAUACUAUUAAACUAUUUUCUGUUUCUGCCUUUAUAUUUUGAAGUGCGAUUGUAAUUAGGUUAACAUUAAGUUUAUUUGUAGAAAGUUUUUCAUAAAGAAGAAAAUUAACUUUCCAUAUAAAUGAACAUCAGGUAUAGAAGUACUGAUUUUAGUGCAAUAUCUAUAUGAUUAUCCAGAAGUACCGCUUAAGAUGUUUCUAUUUUGGACAACUUAACUAUUUGAACUCAUAUUUUUAUAAUUCUCAUUGAGAAUUUAGGGGCAUGGUAAUUUUUACCAAAACUGAAUCUGAUAAUUUUAAAUAAAACAACUAAAUUUACCUUUACCUAUUAGUUAAAAGGAAACCACAGCAUUUAGGAACUUAUUGGUACAUUGGAAGUGUGAAAAGAGCUUUUCUUUGAAAAUGUGUGUUUAAUUAAUUGAAUAUUAGGGACUGUUGUGCAUAAUUUGAGUCUGUGCUACCCCAUUAAUUUUUAUGUCUAGCUUAAAAAAAUAUUUGAAAAUAUUCCAUUUCUUUGUGUUUUAUUAUUUUCUGGCCUAUGACAGUUCUAUGCUAAAUGUAUUUUAAAAUAAAAGCCAAAUUCAAGAUUAAA